AUGGUUACUUUACCUUGGUUUAUACCGCAAUAUCGUGAUGUAAAGGAUGUGGAGAGCGCAUCCUUAAAUGAGACGGAUGGUUUAUUAUCUAGUACUCAAAAUAGUGUAGUUGAAUUAAGUGAAUUUCAAGAAUCUGAAGAUUUAAAACCACAUAAUUAUCAAAUUAAAGAAUAUCGAGAUGAGGCCAAUAGACCUUGGUGGAAAUUCUUUGAUGAAUUCGAAUAUAGAAUUACUUCAGAUCAAACAACUAAAAAGGACUGGUGGAGAUUUAGAUGGUUUGAUAAUACGAUGACUCCUGAAGAAAAGAAAUUGUUGAUUAAAUUAGACUUGACUGUUGGUGUUUAUGCUAUAUUAGGUUAUUGGGUAAAAUAUUUGGAUUCUGCUAAUUUGAAUAAUGCCUAUGUUAGUGGUUUGAAAGAAGAUAUUGGAAUGAAAGGUAAUGAUUUAAUUAAUACUCAAGUAAUUUUCCUUAUUGGUAAUAUUAUUUUUGAAUUGCCCUGGAUGUUCCUCCUACCAAGAGUUUCUUUGCCUUAUUUUUUAUUUGGAGCUGAAAUCAUUUGGUCAUUAUUUACAUUGAUUACAUAUAGAGUCACUUCAACUUCUCAAUUACAAGCUUUUAGAUUUAUUGUUGGAGCUGCAGAAAGUCCUUUCUUUGUAAUAUUUCAUUAUUCUGCUGCUUCAUGGUAUAAGCCAACUGAAAUAGGUUCCAUUGGAGCAAUCUUCUAUUGUGGUCAAUUCAUUGGAGUAUUGACAAGUGGGUUAUUACAAGGUGCAGCUUCGACUAUUAAUGGAUCUUUGAAAGGUUGGCAAUAUAUGUUUAUAAUAGAUGGAGUGAUAUCUUUUGCAGUUGCAUUCGUUACUUUGUUUUUGCAACCAGGUACACCACAAAGAUGCUAUUCCAUUUGGUUUACUGAUGAUGAAAUUAGAUUAGCUAGAAGUAGAAUGAAGGCAAAUGGUACUGAUGUACAUCAUGAUCCAAAGUCAUUCUUUGACAAAGAUACCUGGGGUAGAAUACUCAAAUCCUGGCAUUUCUGGAUUUUAAGUUUUUUGCAAAUGUUUGGAUUUAAUACAAACAAUACUUCGAGUGGUUCAUUUGCAUUAUGGUUGAAGAGUUUGAACAGAUAUACAACUCAAGAGUUAAACAAUUUAACGGCAGUUCCACCCGCUCUUGGAUUGAUUUGGAUUAUGAUUGUUUGUGUAGGUGCAGAUUUCACUGGUAAGAGAUUUGGUAUGGUCUUUUUCAGUUUUAUUAUGAAUUUUAUUUCCAACUUAAUUUUGGCAAUAUGGAAUGUGCCGGAAAGGACAAAAUGGGUUGGAUUUUAUUUAAGUUACUGGUCUUGGAGUCAAAGUAGUGUUUUCAAUCCCUUAAUUAGUGAUAUUUUAAGAGCAGAUAGCAAUCAAAGAGCCAUUGAAUGGCAAGCGAUUUAUAUUUUAGGUUUACAAUCUAGUGCUUGGGUUAGUAGAUUAGCUUUCCCAACAGUUGAUGCUCCUCGAUUCUUCGCUGGUUUCACGAGUUGUGCAGUUUUCAGUGUAGCCUUUAAUAUUUUAUUAGUAGUUGCAUACUUUUAUUAUAAAAGAGAUGAAAGGAAAUUAGCUUUGAAAAAUGGUAUCUACCUUUAUAAUAGUAAGACAGGAUCAAUUCCAGAACAAGCUAAAUUAAAAGAUUCUGAUGAUAAUCCUUCAAAGCUUAACUAUACAAUUGCUGUCGAUCUGUUAGAGGAAUCUUCCAACUAA